CACAACGCACGUAGCCUCCGCGCCGUACGGUCCCGCGACACGUUACUAGAACGCGAUCCGCCGCGAGUCCAUGUGAGCGACCGACAGUUCUCUCGUUGUGUACGGCGAACGAAGGAUCGGCAAACUGUACGCGCCUCAGGAAGACGACAUGUUGACGAUGGAGACGGAUUUGAAGGGCGGCAGCCUGCACGCUACCGUGCCACCGCACCACGCGCUGCAGCACGGCUACGGCUCGCUGGGCGCGCUCGGUGGCAUGAUGGCUCUGCCGCAACAACAGCCGCUGGCCCAGCACCAGCCCCUGCACCACCAACAACUGCCGCAGCACCACGCGCAGCCUCCGCAGUCACACCACCAGCCACCGAAUAACAACAAUAAUAACACUAGCAAGAACUCAAAUACCGACCGGGUCAAACGCCCAAUGAACGCUUUUAUGGUGUGGUCGCGCGGGCAGCGCAGGAAGAUGGCCUCUGAUAAUCCGAAGAUGCACAACUCUGAAAUCUCUAAACGUCUCGGUGCACAGUGGAAAGACCUCUCGGAAUCCGAGAAACGGCCGUUCAUCGACGAGGCGAAGAGACUUCGAGCCGUUCAUAUGAAGGAACACCCAGACUACAAAUACAGACCCAGGAGGAAGACGAAGACGCUUGCAAAAAAGCAAGAGAAAUAUCCGUUAGGAGGUGGAGCGUUGUUAGGCGCAGGAGAAGCGCAACGAACAUCUGCCCCGACGGCACAGCAACCGCGCGACGUUUAUCAAAUGACACCGAACGGAUACAUGCCCAAUGGAUACAUGAUGCAUGACCCUAGUGCAUACCAACAACAAGCAUAUGGAUACCCGCGUUAUGACGUGUCACAGAUGCAACAAGGAGGAUAUGGAGGUGGCUACUACGGCGGCGGGCAAGGCUCGCCGUACCUACCACAGCCACCGUCACCAUCAGCAUACGGCAUGGGACCAGGCUCACCCGGGGGCUACGCACUGCCGCCGUCGUGCGCGUCCCACUCUCCCAGUGGCUCGUCGGCCAAGUCGGAGCCCGUGUCACCGGGUCCGCCGGGCAUGAAGCGAGAGUUCGGCCACGAGCCGCCGGCGCAGCUGAAACGUGAAUUCGCGCCGCACGCACACGCGCACGAGCAGAUGGCCAUGAAGCGCGAAUAUGGGCAGCAGGAUCUGAGCCACAUCAUCAACAUGUACCACGUGCCCGACGAGCAGCGGUACGCGGCCGCCGGCGAGCGGGUCAUGCCGCUCAUCUGAGAGUCGCCUUUCGCGUGCGACAUCGACAUCCCGCCGCUCUGAGCUGGAUGUGUCGCCACGCAUUCAGUUGUCGCCUCCAGUGACUUUGUUGCGAAUCGGUUGUCGCGUUUAGGACAGUGAUCGUUAUCUCCCGGCCGUACAUACUUCUAGGUAUGUCCAUUUAUUUGUUUUGUAUGAACGACCGCUGUUAGUGUUGCGAACUGUUGACUUAGCGAGUUACCGGCCGCCGGCCGAUCGGCGGCGGCCGAAAGUUCAAUUAAAUGUUGUUGAUGAAUUAUCCUGUAUUAUAUUAUGAUUAUUGUAUUUUUUCAUGGUUUAAGUUAAAAUAUUCUAAGAUGUGCCGUGCGGAUGGACGCGAGAGUGGUGCGUGAGGUUCGCGUGAGAGACGAUGUAGUGAUCGAGGUAAUUUGAAUACCAAAAAAAUUUGAACAAUCUGUAAAUAUAGUGUUAAAAACUAGAGUCGAAGUUAGUCGGUAAUGUAGGUAGAUAGUUUAUAAGUCGUGCCACGACGCCACACUCUUACGCCCGUCGUGCGUUGUACAAAAUAUUUGUUAUAUCGAAUCGAAAGUUAUAAAGCCUCGAAAGACUAAAAUAUUGUAAUACGAAAAUGUACAGUGAGUGUUAUAUAGUCAGUGGACACAAAGGUAUAUUGAAGAAAAAGAUGAAGUUAUCAAUAAACGACGCGUUAAAAUUGUA